AUGAUGACUGAAAAUAGAAUUAGUUCAAGUAAUCACGUCGGAAACAUGAGCAGUCAGAAAGGAGAAGUCGAUAAAACUGUAGAAGAUAUUGGGUGGAAAGCAAAAUUAAAACUACCCCCCAAAGACAGAAGACUUAAAACCAGUGAUGUAACUGACACAAGAGGAAAUGAGUUUGAAGAGUUUUGUCUUAAAAGAGAAAUUUUGAUGGGAAUUUUUGAAAAGGGAUGGGAGAAGCCAUCUCCUAUUCAAGAGGCUUCAAUUCCCAUUGCACUUAGCGGUAAAGAUGUUCUGGCCAGAGCAAAGAAUGGUACUGGCAAAACAGGCGCUUAUUGUAUUCCAGUUUUAGAACAGGUUGAUCCAAAAAAAGAUGCUAUACAAGCCCUUAUAGUGGUGCCGACCAGAGAGCUAGCACUGCAAACAUCACAAAUUUGCAUUGAACUGGCAAAACACACAGACAUUCGUGUAAUGGUCACCACAGGAGGAACUAACUUAAGAGAUGAUAUAAUGCGCAUUUAUCAAAAUGUCCAAGUAAUAAUAGCCACACCGGGGCGUAUGAUUGAUCUCAUGGACAAACAAGUAGCCAAGAUGGACCAGUGCAGGAUGCUGGUGCUAGAUGAAGCUGACAAACUCCUCUCUCAGGACUUCAAAGGCAUGUUGGAUACUGUUAUCUCACGGCUACCAAAAGAACGUCAAAUUUUGCUGUUCUCAGCAACCUUUCCACUAAAUGUAAAAAAGUUUAUGGAGAAACAUUUAAGAGAACCAUAUGAGAUUAAUCUCAUGGAAGAGUUAACAUUGAAAGGAGUCACACAAUACUAUGCAUUUGUACAAGAAAGACAGAAAGUGCAUUGCUUAAAUACACUCUUUUCAAAGUUACAAAUCAACCAGUCUAUUAUAUUCUGUAAUUCGACCCAGCGCGUAGAGCUGCUCGCUAAGAAGAUAACGGAGUUAGGUUACUGUUGCUACUACAUACACGCACGUAUGGCCCAGGCGCACCGCAACCGCGUGUUCCACGACUUCAGGGCGGGGUUGUGUCGCAACCUGGUGUGUUCGGAUCUGUUCACUCGCGGUAUAGACGUGCAGGCUGUGAACGUGGUCAUAAACUUCGACUUCCCGCGCAUGGCGGAGACCUACUUGCAUCGUAUCGGUCGCUCCGGCCGCUUCGGCCACCUCGGUAUCGCAAUCAACCUCAUCACCUAUGAGGAUCGCUUUGCGCUUCACCGCAUCGAACAGGAGCUGGGCACGGAGAUCAAACCUAUACCAAAGGUGAUCGAUCCCGCCCUGUACGUGUCCCGCCCCGACGAAGACGACUCGGCAGAUAAGUAA